CUUUAUGUUUGCAUAUCAACUUAUGGUGAGACAAUUUGACAUUGCAGCAACUAUUGUGAAUGUACACAUUAAUAUACAAAGUCACUAAGUAGUGAUCUGUAUUUAGAUCGCACACUGAAGCUAAGCCCAUUUGAAUUGAGUAUUCUUUUCUUUCUUUGAAGGUUGGAAAAAGACACCACAAAAAACUAAGCAAGAGAGGGGAAAUAGAGGCGAUUCCUAGGGCAUCAAAUCUCUUGCGUUUCUCCAUGGCUGGAAGCCAUUUUCCUCCUCCUCCUCCGAUUUCGAACACUAAUCAGAGUGAAUCAGCAUCUAAAUCUGCAAUUGGUAAUGAUUUAAACCUUGGGUUAGAGGAUUUUCCGCUGUUACCAGUUCCUUCUUCAUCCUUUGGAGUUAAUGGAGCUUCAAAACCAAACCCUAACUCUUGCUGGAAUGGGAAUGGUCACAACAUCUAAAGUACUUCCGCUCCAUCAAUGAAGCUUCCUAGUUAUGAAGAACCGACCUCGGUUGAUGGUCAACCAACGGCAAUUUUUUCAUCAGGGGGUACCAAUUCAUCUCUGGAAUGAUGUUGGUUUAGCUAGGAUUGGUAGUUUAGUGGGUAAACCGAUCAUGACAGACUCACAAACUACAUUGAAGACUAGAAUGUCGUUUGCUAGAGUCUGUGUCGAAAUUGCAGCUGAUUGUUCUUUCCCUACUGAGCUUCCAGUCAAAAUUGAUGAUAUAAAGCUUACGGUAAAAGUAAAAUACCCUUGGAAGCCAAUUGCUUGCUCUCAUUGCAAGAUCUUUGGUCAUUCAAGUGUAAAAUGCAUCUACAACCCAACCCCAAAGAAUAAUGAUGUUUCGAUUCCAAAGAAGUCUUCUUUAGUUGCAGGUGACAACAUUGACCCUAAGGAAAUAAUGCAGAACACAACAUCUGAUGUGGAAGCUUAUUUUGUGAAUCAGUCUUUAAAAGAGGCUAAUAGAUGUGGGAGUAGUAGUGAUGAGACAGGGAUUUCUCAACCAGAAAAGUGGAUGGCAUGUGGUGGGGGUGUUGUUUCGAAUGCAUCGUCUACUGUGGUUGAUCCUUGUGCAGAGAUGUGUACGAAUGGGGAGAGGUUAAUUGAUCAAGAAAAGAUCCUUGGCGAGUGGGUCUCUCAUAAAAGAAAGAAAGACGUCGGAAAAAAAGAAGAAAAAAAACCACUUACAGGUUCCUACUAUUGAAAAUGGUCAUCUGGUUUUGGAAGGUACUAGCAUCCCAACUGCUGAUCCCGAUAUCCACCCCCCAAUUAGUUUUGGAAGAUUCAAUGGUAAGCAUCACAAAGGCGUCAUCGUAAGAGAUAUCCACCUCCCAAUUAGUUUUGAUAAUGGCUAACUACCCUCAUUCAAUUAGUGUUAAUGAUUAUAAUUAGUUUUAAUAAUAAUGAUUAAUUAGUAAUGUUAA